AUUGGUUUGUGGGAAAUCAGUUCCAGUCUUAUAAUUCCCAGCCUCUCACCAGUUACUCUGCAUGGGAAGAGGAUUACACCUCUGACAACUCAGUGAGGAGUUGCUGGCAGCAAGCAGAGCAGCACUGCCUGCAGAGGUGCUUCAUGGUCUGGUCAGCUCAAACUCAACACCAUGUGAAGGCCCAGCAGCACUGCAGGCGUGUUCGGCUGUCUCGAGCCUUUCUCAGCUGGCACCAGUGGGUCAUGGAAAAUAAGAACCAAGAAGCAGCAGCAGCACUAAAACAUGGAGUUCAUUGUGUCCAGGUGGCUUUCAGCCUGUGGAAAAGGAGACUGGCCCAGAAAGUGGAAGCUGACCGGAGAUUCAGGUGUCAUGCUCACCAGAUGACUGCUGAUGCUCUGUGGCAUUGGCACUCCUGCUGGCAAAGGAGCCGUGCUCUGGCAGAGCUGCAGCAGCAAUGGGCCUGGCACAGCUGCCAGGAGAAGAAGAGGCUGGUCCUGCACACAUGGUACUGCCAAACAAGGAAGCAGAAAUAUGCUGUUUUGUUCUGGGAACGUUUUCUCCUGCACAGGUGCCUUGUCUCUUGGGCCCAGGUCACUGCAUGUCACCUGAGGCAGCGUGAAGCCCUCUCUUAUUUUAAAAGAGUCAGAGAGCACCGACUGCUGGUUGGGAGCUUUGUUAAGUGGAGGGACAAACUCUGGAGAGCUGAGCAGGUGCCAGGAGGGAGCAAGCACAAGUGGCAGGAGCCCUCUCCAGGUAAAGCCUGUCACCGCUGGCGAGUGGCUGCGAGAGGACAGCGAGCCCUGCGCCUGGGAUCUGUGACCACUGUCAAACAAGCCUGCAACUACUGGACCAGAGCAGCUUCUUUUUCCCAGUGCUUACGGCAGCGCAGCACCCUCAUAGGUGUCAGGAAAAGCAGAAAGAUGGCUCUCUCUUGGCCCACCAAAAGCAGAAGAGGCAGAGAAGAAGAUUCAACACCAACUGGACAUUUUCCCAGUGCCAUUCAGCGCUGGCUGGUGAUCUACAGGAGUCAGAACAGGGCUGAGAGGUUUCUGGAGAGACCUGAUGGGGUAGGAGCCUCUCAUGCUCAUGCAAGGAUCCAGGAGAACACAGCACGGGUGGACUUGGAGGAGCGGGCUAAGAAGUGGCUUGGGAGGAGAUACCUGAAGAGGUGGCAGCACACAGUGGAGCUGCACCGGUGCCAGCACGACAGGAAACUGCUGUGCCUGGCAAGGGGGUGGCACCAGUGGAGGGAAGGCAGCAGGGUGGUGAUACUGGCUCAGGUGCUGCACCAGCAGCAGCUGAUGGAGAAGGCCUGGAGGGUGUGGAGACAAAGAUACUUGCAAAGCUGUGUGGUGCAGAAUCUUCUGGAGCAGGAAGCCAGGAGCCUCCUGUCUCAGGCCUUUGGGAGGUGGUGGCAGCUCACAGCAUUCCAGUGUAAGGACAAAGGAUCCCGCUGAAUGCAGGGGCUGCCUGCAGCUGCUGCUCCAUUCAGGACACGUGGAGGAUCCAGCUCCUGUCACAACAAAGAGGUGGUCCUGUGCUGCCAAAAAAGAACUCUCUGCUCUUACAAUAAAAGCAGGGCUGCCACUCGGAUGACAGCCAAAGAACAACCAGGAAGAGAUUGUACCUAGUGAAAGGUCCUCUUUAGAGGACUUGUGUCUUAACUCCUUAGCAACACAAACAGAGAACAAUCCCUUUACCUCUACAGUUGUGAGGGUACAUUCUCUUCUUCUCUGGACCAUGCUUUUGCUGGAGUUCUGAUUAAAGAGCAGAAAAACCUUA